AUGGCUGGCGGUGGUAAAGUAGUCAUUCAAGACUGUGCUAUCAAGGAAUUUGCAACACAAAUAAUAUUCACUGCUGGGAAAUUCAUAAGUUUGAGCAUUAAAGUUAACAAUAAAUACAGUGAGUCGUUGAAUAUAACAGGCUUAGCAGGCCAUCAAAAAGACAAACAAUUUGUGUUUAGCAACGGAACUAAAGUAGAUGUUAACUCUCCAGCGCCUGUCAUAUUCGAGUAUGGUGAAUCAUGGACUCUAGCUGACAAGACGGAAAGCAAUUUCAACUAUUCCAUAACAAAGCGGAAUUACACAUAUUACAACGAGCAUCAUACACGUCCGAGAUUCCUAGAGGAGUUAGUGGGGAACCUAUCAGCACUGUUUGAAGAUUAUACCGCAUCAAACAUAUCGCUAUUCAACACAACAUGCAUAAGUGACUGGGACAAAAAACCUAACACACAGUGCUUGUUAGCUAUCGCAAGGACGGGUGACAUAAAUCAAGGCGUUGCUGAAAUGUCUGCAGCGAAAGAGACACAUCGUAUAUGGGAGACAUUACAUAAUCAUCCACCAAUUGUCUCAGAGAGCUUCCCUAAAACUAUCACUGUACGAUAUAAAGAAGAUUUAAACUGGACGAUAGAUUUAAAGAACUACGUCUAUGAUGACAACACGGGCAAGGAUGACCUUAAAUUCGAUGUUCAAACAGAUCUGCCGAAAAACGAGUAUACACUUGACGGUGGAGUAUUUACGUGGAUUAUCGGAACUGGCUUAAGGUAUAUAGACACAGCGUUUUCAUUCACUGCAUACGACAAAUUCAAUGCUACCGCACACUUUGGAAUCUCUAUCAAUUACUGUGGAUGUAAGGAGCCAACGCAAUGUUAUUUUGAUGAUUCCACAGAUGAUGUAAACAAAGCAUCAUGUAGCUGUCCAGUAUAUGCUAAGGGAUUGUACUGCGAUGGAAUAAGAGACUCAUGUCCAAACGUUACCUGCUACCAGGAUAAUUGCAAUGCAACGGCCUACCAAUCAUUUACAAGCUGGCCAUGUGCCCCUUGUCCAAAAGGAAUGGAUGAGACGAUGACUCCAAAAAUGCAAACCUGUAAAGAUAUUAACGAGUGUCUUUCAGAUUACACUGGUAAAGAUAAAUGUGAGCAACUGUGUCAUAAUUCUGUUGGGUCGUUUACUUGUUACUGUGAAAGUGGAUACAAAUUAAAUGCUGAUAAACGUACAUGUGAUGAUAUAGACGAAUGCAGUUUAUCUCCAUCAAACUGCACAGGAAAGAAUGAAGUUUGUCUGAAUACAAAAGGAAACUUUAGUUGCAUUUGUAAGCCAGGAUAUAGCAAGACACAUGGUGUCUGCGAAAAAGCAGAGGGUCCCACAUAUGUUGGUCAUAUGGAUUUUUCUAUCUCGGUGGCAACUGAACAUGUUACUGAAAUAAACAAGACAAUCAACAAACCUGAAAACAUAAAAACAGUACAAAAUCAGCUUGCUGCAGGAUUUAAUAGCACAAAGGGGUUUUUGAGUGUGGAAGUUUUUCGGCUGAGUGUGGUUAUCUACCAGGAAAAGCGUGCGAAACGUGGGGAUGAUAAGAAUGAUAAGAAGUAUAAGUUUCGUGCAGAUUACAUAGUGCACUGGAAAAAUGAAACAGACACUAAAACGAUAGGAGAAGAGUUAUUGAAAUCUUUUGAGAACUUUACUAGACAUACUGAACAACACAAACUUCCUGGGACACAAAGUAAUCUUAAAAUUGGUAAUGUUGUGAUAUACCUCAAUUCAGCUGAAAGCCGCAUAAACAACGCGACUGAGGGUGGAUUAUGUACAGUUCCUGACAAAACAGAUUGUGACCGCGGCAGUACAAACUGUAUUGAUAAAGAGCAUGGCAAGUACGAGUGCCAGUGUAAAAGUGGGUAUUCACCAGCUCACCUAAACACUAAAUUUUGUACAGAUAUAAACGAAUGUAAUGACUUUAAAAAGAAUCGUACAAUUGGAGAGCGAUGUGUACAUGGUUCCUGUUAUAACAGUGUAGGAUCUUGGAAUUGUAGUUGUCCGGCUGGCAGGAAAUUGCAAAACGUUGGAAAUACAACAUCUACAGUUUACCGAUGCCAAGGCAAACCGUCUGUAAACCUUUUCCGUUACAGCUCUGGGUCUACGUUUGUGGUGCUCUGUGCCUUUGAGAAAAAUACCCUUGCCUAG